AUGUUCCAUGCCACCAUUGAGCCUUGUGUGAGGAAGAGGUCAAAACCAGCAAGUGUCACGGUCAACAGGCAUGAGGUGAAGUUUCAGGAGGUCAGAUUGUACCUUGUGGAGAGGAAAAUGGGCGCCAGCAGGAGAGGCUUUUUGACCCAACUUGCCAGGUCAAAAGGCUUUAUAGUGGAUGACAUCCUCAGCGAUGACAUCACUCAUGUGGUGUCUGAAGACAGCAGGGCAUCCUCCCUGUGGGAGUGGCUAAAGGGGUGCGGCCUGAAGAGUUUGUCCAAGAUGCAGGUCUUGCAUAUCAGCUGGUUCACUGACAGCAUGAGAGCUGGGAGACCUGCUGCUGUGGAGGACAGACACCUCAUUCAGGACACCUUGCCUGCAUCGCCAGAAAGUUCUAUACUCGCCCCCGUGGCAGCGAUUUCUCAAUAUGCCUGCCAGAGACGGACAAGCACUGACAACAAAAACAAGAUUUUCACAGAUGCAUUUGAAGUGCUGGCUGAGAACUAUGAAUUCAGUGAGAUGAAGAGUUCAAGUGUUUCCUUUAGGAGAGCCGCGUCUGUCUUGAAGAGUCUCUCGUGGGCUGUGAAGUGUAUGGGGGCCACUCAAGGCCUGCCAUGCCUGGGGGAGCACACCAAGACAGUAAUGGAGGAGAUCAUUCAAAGUGGCCAUUCAUUCCAAGUUGAGAAAAUACUGUCGAGCGAGAGGUAUCAGACUUUAAAGCUGUUUACAAGUGUGUUUGGGGUAGGACCGAAGACAGCUGAGAGAUGGUACCGCAUGGGGCUGCGCUCCUUCAGUGACGUUCUGGCAGAGCCUGACAUUCAACUCAAUCGGAUGCAGCAAAGUGGUUUUCUGCAUUAUGGCGAUAUCUCAAGGGCUGUCACUAAAGCAGAGGCUCAAGCCCUGGGAAACAUUAUUGACGAAGCUGUCCACAUGAUCACAUCUGACUGCAUAGUAGCUCUGACAGGUGGCUUCCGCAGGGGGAAAGAGAUUGGCCAUGAUGUGGACUAUAUUGUCACCACGGCUGAGGUGGGGAAGGAGGAAUGUGUGCUGCUCCACGUUAUCAAUUGCUUUAAAAAACAAGGGAUUGUUCUUUACUGUGAUUACCAGCCCUCCACCUUUCACAUAUCAAAGCUCCCUUGCCAGAAGUAUGACGCAAUGGACUACUUCGCAAAGUGCUUCCUGAUCCUGCGCUUGGAGGCUAGCCAGGUGGAUGGCGGUCUCAACUGUACUGAGGGAGACAACAGGGGCUGGAGGGCAGUGCGUCUGGACUUAGUAUCGCCACCAAUGGAUCGUUAUGCCUUUGCUCUCCUGGGAUGGACUGGCUCCACGCAGUUUGACAGAGAUAUGAGGAGAUUUGCCCGGAUGGAGAAGAGGAUGAUUUUGGACAAUCAUACUCUUUAUGACAAAACCAAGAGAGAGUUCCUGGCAGCUUCAACUGAAGAGGACAUAUUUGCUCAUCUUGGUCUCGAGUACAUUGAGCCUUGGCAGAGAAAUGCAUAG